GGAGCAGCAAGCGCAGCCCUCUGGGAUACAGGAAGACGACUGUUUGAAGACGUCAUAAAAAGCGUCUGGUUGCUAGGAGACACAGCGAAACGGUUUGUUUACAACUUCGAAACCAAAUUUGUAUUACCGGUAAUUCUUCUGAAACCAGAAAAGACCUCUCUCUCUCUCCCUCUCUUUCUCUCUGAUGGCGCUGGGUUUGUUCGUGACCCCACGGCGGUUUCUGAUCUCUAGCUGGGCCCCGCAGUUCCGUGAGGUUCCCGAGCGCCACGCCCUGAGUGCCACGCCCUCUGCUCCCCCCUCCCUGGAGCCACGGACAGAGGGAGGGCUGAGCAUACGAGAUGUCCUUGACUGUGGCUGUGAUGUCAUGACCUGCUGCUUCAAUGACGAAGGCACCCUAUUGGCUGUCGGGCUGACCAAUGGAACCAUCCAGGUAUACCAGCCUGCAGACAGUACCUUCCUGUACCAGCUGAACAGCUCAGAGACUCUCCAGAGCAGCCUGCCAGUCACCAGCCUGAGAUUCCUGCACCGGGACAACAGAGAGAGGCACUGCCUGCUGCUAGCUACGUAUGCCAGUGGGUGUGUGCGGGUGUGGCAUGUGGCUGGUGGACGGAGCCUGUGCUGUGUGCAGGAAGGGGGCGGAGACAGUGCCGGGGGGCGUGGAAGGCAGACCCUCUCUCUCUCCGUGUCUCCCUCGGGGGACAGGUUUAUCACAGCAGGGUCCGACUGCCAGCUUCACCUGUACGACACGGAGACGAGGCAGAGAAUACACACCUGCAGGGCCAGCCACUCCAUGUCUCUGAUGGAUGGUCACAGAUUUCGUGUUUUCGCCGUGACCUUUCACCCAGAAAAGGAGGAUGAGUUCAUCUCUGGAGGCUGGGACAACACAGUGCAGUUCUGGGAUUCGAAGCAACAGCAUUCUGUCAGGAAGCUAUCCGGCCCUCACAUCUGUGGCGAUGCCCUCCAGAUCGAUCCCUCGACCAAUCAGAUUCUCUCGGGCUCCUGGAGGAAGGAGCGCGCGCUCGAGAUCUGGGAUUAUAACUCCGGAGAGAAAGUGACUGAAAUUUCUGAUGACCAAGACGGGCAUAGUUUGAUCUACAGUUGUCAUUGGCUGGGUGCUGAUCACAUGGUUGCCGGCGGCAGUGAAUCCAAUGUGUGCCGAGUGAUUGACAGGAACACCAAGCUGUCCCUGGGCAGGCUGGUUGAUCUCCCGGGUGGGGUGUACAGCACUGCUGUUUGCUCCGCUGGGCAGUGUGAGGGGCUGAUAGCAGCCAGCUCCCGAGACUGUGUCUACCUGCUGGAGAGAACUACAGCUCCCACAACACAUUACUCAGACAGAGAGAACUACCGCUCCCAGGAUGCACUGCUCCCACUGAGAGAGUACAGCUCCCAUGCUGCACUGUUCUGAGGACUACGUCUCCCACAAUACACUGCUCCGACCUGAGACACACAAAUUCUGUUAUCAUUUUAUUUGUUUUAUUUAAAUAAUUGUUUUAUAAAAACAUGACAAACAAUAAAUUAUACAAAUGGUAUUUCUCAAAACAAAUCUCAAAUACAAUAGCAAUUUAUAUAUAGAUAGAUAGAGCUAGAAUACUGCAGGGGUAGUGUGCGAUAUGAGAAUUGAAUGCCGAUCCGAGGGGUGGGAUGCUACAUAAACCCAGAGGCUGGGCAUUACAUUCUCAUUUAUCUCACACUACCCCAUGCAAUCUCUGGUGAGCAAUUUUGCCUGCCACAGUUCUAAAGUUUUGUGUUGCUUUGUGUGGGGAGGGGGCUAUCCUACUUCGUUAAUGUCAGUGAGCUAUUAGCUCACGCUCACGCUGUUUGGGUAUCGUGUGUUUCCCGUAAUCACUGGAUGAGCCCAAAUGAAAAAAAUUGCUCACUAGUUAUAUAAUGUAUGUUUUAAAUUAAACAGUACAUAUAUAGAGAGUGAACUUAAAUAAAACACUACAACGUCCAGCAUACUGUUCUCUAAGAGGUUUAUGACAGCUUUCUGUAAAUGUAAUAUGUAUGUGCUCAAUUUGUUUGUAAAAAAAAAAAAAGAAAAAUUCUGUCCUUUUUGGUUUUAAUUGAUAGACUACACGCCCUGGGUUUGGGGUUAAGGUUUUUAUUCUUUAUUAAAUUUCGAGUGAAUUUUGUGGAAAUAAACUUUGGUUUUUACUGCCAAUUA